AGAUUCCAGUUUCUCAACACAGCUGUUUCUGUACCGGCGGUGGUAGUAGUAGCUGGAGAAGCGGAGUGUCGAAUUUUCGAAUCUAGUCGUCCAUGCGCCGUUUAAAGGGACGCGUUUGACGCGCGUUCUCGGUCUCUGCAUUCCAGCGAUUCGCGACCGUUAAAAAACGUAAACAAACCGAAACGACAGUUACCGAUAAUAUGUGAUUAAAUGUUUGUGAUUUCGCGUAGUGAUCUAGGGUGUGAAUGUCGCGCGUGUUGUGAUGGGUAAAGUGAAGGAAAAGGUGGCGAAAAAGAAGAAAAUGGCAGAUCUGAUAACGGAACGUAGGACGGGCGCCAACCUGAAACGAUCCAAGUCGGUCAGGGCCUCCCUUAGAUCCAUAGGGACCAAGAUAUUCAACCCCGGUAAGAGUUACGCGGAGAACCAGAGGAAGGUGGAGGCCCUGCAGAAGACCGCCUCCCUGUCCAGCUUGGAGGAGAGCAGGAGGGAGUUCAAGAAGACCAUCUACAAAUCCGAGUCCGAGUUCCAGCCGGAGAUGCUGUUCACCGCCAACACCAUACUCAAGACCCCGGUGAGCAACGUCAAAGACAAGAAGGCGAGGAAGAAGGACCAGAAGCAGUACCUGGAGUAUCACUUUCCCUUCGUGCCUACGCCGCCCGCGAACGUGCCUCCCAAGGCGGCGCAGUUGCUCCAGAUACCCAUCAGGGAGAAUCUGGAGACGGUGAGUUUCAGGUACGAGCAGGCGUUUGGGGAGAUGUCCCAACAGAGGGAGGAUAUGGAUCAGUUCGGGCAUCGACAAGGUUUGGAGAGGGCCAGGAAGAUGAGCGUGGACGAUGCCAGGGGUAUCUACGAGGAAUACCUGACGGAUUACAGACAGAACAGGUUCUAUAGGAGUUCCAUCAGGUUGUCCAUGGUGAAGAGGAGGAACCACACUCGGAAUUAUUCGAUGGCUGUUUCUUCCAAACUGCCGUCCUUGCCUGGGGACUCGGAAAUGGAAAACGGGCUUGCGCAGCCGCUGGAUCGCGUGGGAAAUGAAUUUUCCCGCUACGGCGGCGGCGCAAAGUCCGUGGGCGGAAGGAAAACUUCGAAAAAAGAGGCCAAGCUGUUGCAGCAACGCUUAGAGAAACUCGCCAAAGUCAAUAUACACUUGCAGGCCCUGUUUGCCGCCGUCGAACAUGGUCACUUAGAAAAGGCCAGAACUAUUUUGGAAUCGACAGAUGUGGACGUUAAUAGCGUCAACUGCGACGGUCUCACCCCACUGGACGUUGCGGUAUUGAGCAACAACAGGCCGAUGGUGAAGAUGCUGGUAUGUUUCGGAGCCAAAGAGGGAAGCAGAUUUCCUAAUCCGGAGAAACUCGGAUCUCACUUGAAACAGCUGCUGGGCGAGGCGGAACUCAGGCUGCAGGAGCUGGGAGGCCUUCUGGACGAGCCGUGCUCUCAGCUGAACACGCGAGCUUCCUUCUCGAGCAUCAUAGGGUAUCAGACUUCGGCCAUGGCAGGCUGCGCCGGCGGCGACACGGAGAAGCAGGCCAUCGCGUGGGGGAGAAAGGCGAAACAGCUCAAACGACUAGUCCUCGGUUUCAAUCAGGCCAGACCACCGGACGCGCCGUCUGUGGUCGCCAUAGAUAUAACUUCUAGCAAUUCCGUAGCGUUAAGGCUUCAAGAGCCCACGUCCAGCGAUUCGCCCAUUACUACUAAGUUUAAAGUACAAUGGUCAACUAGACCGGACUUCUCGAUAAUAACCGGAGAGACUGAGAUAACCGACCUGUCCAAACCGAAUUGCACCAUAGACUUAACGCAGGGUAGAAAGUACUUCUUCAGGGCCGCUUGUGGAAACUUGAAGGGUUUUGGAGCCUACAUAACGUCCACGCCAAACUGCGUCAUCCCCUCCAGUUGGCGUGAAGUCAACGGUAAACAGUCCAGGUUUGAUGGGAGGUUAGAGCAACUGGAAGAUCUCUUGAAUGAGGUCAGGAAAGUCAGACCUGGCACCGAGAUGCUGGAGACUCCGAACCCGCAAAGACGUACCCAAAGAAAAAAGACAACGAUAAAACAACUGUUUACGGCCGCUAGCAAGUUCCACAAAAACUUGAGAAGGGGUAUAUACCUAGCCUGCAUCUUGUACCACGAAGACAAGGUAUUAGUGACCAAUGAAGAUUUUUUGCCUGUGAUAGAAAUAGAUGAAAUUUUUCCUAAUUGUAUACAUACGGACCUGCACUGGUUGAUGAAGGUGUCCUGUAGCUGGGACGACAUCAAGUCCCUGAAGGCUGAUAUGGAGAAGCACACAUCCUCCGCCGUACAUUUUAGAAUUAAAUUAUUGACAGCGGCUCUCCAGAUGCAAUCUUCCCUCUGCCUCCAAGAUUUGGGUCAAUUAUUCUACAAGCCUCUGCGUGAUUCUCAUGACACAGUAGUCCUUAGUACCGUCAAUUAUAUAAAAAAUCCCAAGAGUGUCUCCGUUCUCAACUCGAGAUGGCUCCCAAUGAACAAGGUUUUCAAAAAGACUGUCUUGAGCGACGACCACAGCGUCUCGGAGAUACUGAUGGGGUCCAUCCAGGAGCAGAUCAACUACCACCAGGUAUCCAGUCUGAGACUGUCCAAAGGCCUCUACUUGGCCUUCCUGAAGAUGCAAAGUUCCUUCGAUCUCAUCCAAGUCGUGGUUCCUAGCAAGUCGCCCAACAUGUUGCCCCACUGCAAGAUCAGGGACAAUCCACACGUCUCUGCCGAGGAGUGGGAGUAUCUAGGUAGACAGCACCUGCCCGACAUCGUGGACAACUCUUCCGAGCAGCAGAAGACGUUCUUGGAACUGGUGACGAGCGCCGCUAAGAGGCUGUUCAAUUACAUGGACAUAUCGCCCGAGGAUUCCCUAUCGCACCGGUUGUACGACCUUGAGGUGAUCGAUCUCACCGACGAGGUCAGUUUCAUCGUGUUGUGCCCGUCCGCCGAAUUUUCCUGCUCGGUGCCCGGCCAGAGGGAGAUGCUGCUGCAAAGAGGGGAUCUUCUGAGUUUGCCCAUACAGGUCUUCGAAAUGAUCCACUUAAACACGUACCAGAAUCAGAUAGUGAAGAAGUAUUCGAAGCUCAGCUGUUUUCUGGAGCUGGACUCCGCCACGGCGAACCAUUUACACCGGGAAGCCUUCUCUAACAGCGAGGUGGCGUUGGCUAAGGAGAAACUGGUGCAAUUGCAGGAUUUCCAGAAGAGACUCGGCAACAUGUGGAAGGGGAUCAGGUGGCUGAUGGACGUUAUAGCCUUCGCCAGGGACAAGAACUCCAACGGUAUCUCCAUGAGAUACAUUUUGGAAAAGGAGAUGAGCAGCGUGAGUCCGAAGAGGAUUUUCCUCCAGAUACCGCCGCGUGACAGCAAGGUGGUGAAGAGCACUCCCGGCAGGGGUUCUUGGCCCGGUCCUGGUGGCUCGCAGCUGCCCCCCUCUACCUUGCUCAACGAGUUCAGCAAGAGCGAACAGCAACUGAGCAUGAACGAGGCCUCUUCCCAGUAUCUGAGCGCGUGCAGCGACACCUCGAGAAAGAACAGCGACAGCUACAACAGCGAUUACUACAACGACAAAUUACCGCCGUCUAGGAGCGAGGACACGCUUUACAUAAUACCCAGCGGGGCGACAAACCAAAGAAUAAGAGCGCACACAGUAUCAAGCCUAUCAGCCACCACUAGUCCAUUGCUGGGUGUAAGAACGAACUAUGGGGGAAGUAUGGUCAGUGUCAACACCUUGAAUACGACAAACACAUCUGACAGCCUGCACAGUUUGAGUUCUGACAGUGAUCCGUCAAUGCAGCCAAUGGGAAGCAGCACGCCACAGAAAAGGAUGAAAUCGCAAAUAGUCCCCUCCAGAUCUAUGACCAACGUGAAACAGCACGCGGAAGUCACCUAUCCAAAAUCGACGAGAAUUCGACCCAAAAAUUUAAAGUUGGACACUUUGACGCCUUCCAAUCUGGAAACUAGCUUAUCGAGGAGCUUGAAUAACAUAAAGACGGUUUCAGACAUCGACGUUUCUGCCACCACCUACCUGAAACCGCUGGAUUCCAUCAGGAAGUCUGAGGUUGUGUCGGAUAACCUUUUCAAGGUACCCUUCGUGGAAGAACAGAGUAGCAGUAAGGAAUCCCAGUCCGGGAUUUUACAGGUCUACGCCGCCUACGAUACCGGCCUGGCCACCGGCACCAGCCUGAAACUGCACGUCACCCCUAGGACGACGGCCCGCGAGGUCGUGGAUCUGGUCGUGAAACAGCUGAACAUGGCGGUGGUGCUCAAGGGCAAAGAGGGGCCCAUCUACCCUGCCGACAAGCUGCGGAACUUCUGCCUGGUGGCGGUGAUAGGGGCGCGCGAGAGGUGCCUACGAGACGAUUUCAGACCGCUGCAGCUGCAGAACCCCUGGAGGAAGGGCAGGUUGUACGUGCGGCAGAAGCAGGACGUCCUGGCCGCCUUGGAGCACAGCAGCAGGCUGGGGGCGGUCAUAUGAGAGGAGGAGAAACUGAUAUAGUGACGUAAAGGAUGGUAUUUUUCGAAUUUUUUGUAUACAGGAUGGUUUGCCUUGGAACUCUGCGUAUGGUGCAGACUUUGAACUCGAGAUUUAGCAAGAAGUUGACUGAAAACAUCCCAUUUCGACUUAUGAAACUGAAAUUCGAUUCCACUUCUCACAGUUCAAUCAAUUUUACAAAAGCUACUCUUCCUCCUUAUGCGUUCAAACCCAAUGCUUCGAACAAAACAUAUCCCGGAAACCAUAAAGAGAAAAAGAGAUCAGCAAGACCCUUUGGUGUUGAAAUAAUCCUUGUGACAUACGGUGUCGAAAUGUGCCUGUAUACAAAAGCGGGCUGGAUGAGCCAACUCGAAACUUAGUCCAGAACUGGUGCUAGUUAAAGUCGUUAACAUAAAUGUCUUAUGAUUUUUCAAUGUCGUUUCCCGCCUACUAGCUGAAUAUAUUCCGUAGAUUGAGCAUAUCUUUGUCGACAAUUUUUAGCGUUGUUGGGUGGAGAUGUCACCGGUUUUGUCCAUUAUUUCAUACUUCGUGUAGCGAUAACGUUAAGAAUACCCAACUGAAGUCUAAGCAGUGGCGUCAAAUCCUAUCGAAGAUAGUCUAACCUAAGCCAUGAUUUCGACGUUAAAAUUUCUGAAAUUUCUAUGAAAUGUUGUUUUCCUUAGGUGCUUUAGCUGUCCCGCAGUAAUAUUUUUUUAAUACUCGAUUUUUAUAGAAUAUUUUUUAUUCGUAUUGAAUGAAAUAGAUAAUACUGUGAUUGAAGAAUCUGGACCAUUAAGAAAUUAUAUAAAUACGAAAUUAAGCUUCUUCAACUCCUUCCAUAAUCUAUAUAAUACCAUGUUCGGGAACUUCCGACCCAUGAGGCAAUCUUUCCCUUCAAUGAUAUCCUUGAUAUCUUUGAAAAACUUUGGAAAUUUCACUUUCAAAUAAAAUAUAACUGUCGAUCUUAAUUCUCUUUAAAGCAAAGACUGAUUUGAACUAAUCGACCGGGUUAUUUAUUUCCAUCGGAAUGAUGAUGAUCUAUUAACUUUAUUUAUUUCACUGAAACGGAACAAAGAAGGUCCAGUUGAUUUCUAAGUUGUUAAUAUGAAACUUUGUUCAUCAUUAUCAUGUCAAUAUAGAAAUUAACGUUCUCUAAACACCAAAUAUAUUAAAUAAAUCUUAUAAGAUAUUUAAAUUUAUCCAAAUAAAUGAAUAUAUUCCAAUGUUAUAUAUUGAGAAUUUUUAUUUUACACAUAUAUAGUCCAACUCAUUUGGAAACCCUAAAUAUAUAAUUGAAGGAUCUCUAUAAUUUUCGCAAUAAUGAGAAAUACUUUCAGCUUUUUACUUGUAAAAAUUUCAUAUCACUGAUUUGUGUUCAAACUUCCCCACUUCAUCGGUUUUUUGUGAUUCGAUAUUUUGAACAAAUCUCAAAUUGUACAUAUUAAUUGAAAAUAUGAAUCAUUAUAACUGUACUAUUAUGUAAUAUAGAGAGGUAUAUUUAUAUACAAUGCAAUAAAAAAAACGUUUCAAUCGUUCAUGAGUGCAAUUCGAGUGAGUUGGGGAAUUCAAUUUUUUUAAUGCAUUGUAUGUUUGUUGUAGAGCACAAUGAUGUAAUGAGAUGGUUUGAAUAAAGAUAUAGUGAAAAUAGAUUUAAUAAUAAAUAUGUUAUCAAUUUA